GUGUACCCCUCUUCUCAUUCCGGAAACUCGUAAUUUCCAGUUGCGUCUGUUCCGGGUCAUCGCAGUUAGUCCCCUGCCUCAGGGUUGACCAUUCACCGUCUAAACAGCAGGUGGCCCUUUCUGCCUGGGUGCCAGGCCAGCUGGUACAGAAAUGGCAGGGAAGGGGAACAACUUCCCGCCGCUGCCGCGCUUUGUGCCGCUGAAGCCCUGCUUCUACCAGGACUUCUCCGAGGAGAUCCCCGUGGAGCACCAGGUGCUGGUGAAGAGGAUCUACCGGCUGUGGAUGUUUUACUGUGCCACUCUGGGGGUGAACCUGGUGGCCUGCCUGGCCUGGUGGAUUGCGGGUGGCACGGGAGCCAACUUCGGCCUGGCCCUGCUCUGGCUGCUUCUCUUCACUCCCUGCAGUUAUGUGUGCUGGUUCCGGCCUGCAUACAAGGCCUUCCGAGCUGACAGCUCCUUUAACUUCAUGACGUUCUUCUUCAUCUUCGGCGCACAGUUCGUCCUGACCGUCAUCCAGGCUGUCGGCUUCUCGGGCUGGGGGGCCUGUGGCUGGCUGGCGACUGUUGGAUUCUUUACGGUCAAUGUUGGGGCCGCCGUGGUCAUGCUGAUCCCCGCCAUCUUGUUUUCCCUGUCUGCUGUCAUGAUGGCCAUCACCCUUGUGAAGGUGCACAGGAUCUACCGUGGGGCUGGUGGGAGCCUGCAGAAGGCACAGACAGAGUGGAGCGCUGGCACCUGGAGGAAUCCCCCGUCAAGGGAGGCCCAGUUUAACAACUUCUCUGGGAAUAGCCUGCCUGAGUACCCCACUGUCCCCAGCUACCCCAGUGCAGGCCAGUGGCCUUAGGCAGCUGACUGGCCCCAAUAUCGUGGAUCUGUCUCCUGCCUUCACCCUUGGUCCUGAAGCCCGAGCAUCUCCCCAGGGUCACACGAGGUCCUUGGCCUGUGUUCAUCUUUGUUCGAGCCUCAGCAAGCUCUGCCCAACAGCUGUUGUCCACUGCCAGCCCCCCAGAACCAAGCUGUGUUACUGCCCUGCUCCUGUCCACGGAGCAGCCUUGAGGGCCCUGCUCCUGCCCGUUGUGUCCUAAGAGUCACUGAGACACAGCUGAGCCCCAUAGCACUGAGGGUGGCGGCAGGAGCAUGGCUGUUGUGAGCAUCCUUAGCACUGCCAUCGGGUCUACUCCUGUCUCCUCUGGGGACAGGGUCCUCCAACUUCCGUGGCCAUCCCUAGUGGCAGUGGCAGCCUGCUGUCCCCACAACCAUCCAUGCAGGCAAUGAUCCACUGGAUUGGGGCUGCUUUGGCUCCAGGAAGCUCCUCCUUUCUCUGUGGGAGGAGAGAGACAGGCUCAGCUACACAGUAGGCCACACCCCUGCCAGAGGUUAGCCAGGACCUUGGUCUGCUGGGAGCAGAGCCAGGGACAGAACUGUGCCUUAGAGAGAACCCUGCUUUCCCUCACCCUUCUGCCUUCCCAGGGUAGCUGUGGCCUGGCCAGGGAAGCCACCUGAGUUGUGGAAGGUCCAUGGCACCCCGAUGACAUCGGACUCAAUAUUUUCCCUUAGGGCCUGCUAGUGCCACCAGCCAAGCCACUGCAGUCCCCAGGCCUCCCCACAGAGCUGUGCCCUUCCUGCCGGUGUCCUGCCAAACUCCCUGGGCACCUUGAUGCCCAGAGGGGGCCAGAAUAGAGUUGCAGGCAGGCACUUGGGGGUCAGCCUCACAUACUGAGGUGCAAAAGGGGCAUGGGGAUGGAGCCCCAGUACCCCCUCUCAAGACACCUAAGCUCUGUCCUGCCCAUCCUGGGGUAUGUGUACCCACAUGCCAAGUUGUUUUUGUUAUGUAAGAAUAUUCUGGAAAUAAAUUCUCUUUCUGCA